AUGCACUUCCAAACAGCGGUUGGGUGGGCGGCAGUCGCCGUUGCAGCCCUCGUGGGGGUUACUGACGGUCAAUCAAGCGGAUGUGCUCCCUAUCAGCGCUACGUUUCGGCCCUCAAGAGCUUUGACUUGCCCUUCGUAUCAAAAGCUUGCAGUUCCUUGCUUCAUUAUUCGGCUGCGACCCAAACAGUCACACAGACUGCUACUGACACCAGAACAAUUACUGCUGCAACAACCACCAAUAUCGUCGCUGCCCAGACCCGAACGCGACGUGCUACUCAGACUUUUACUACAUCUACAACACAAACCGUCACACUGACAAAUACUGUCACCUCCUACAAAUACUCGGUCGUUACGCAAAUAUCAACGUUCGGGGCUGCAGUUACACCCCGUGCCGCAGGGCAGGAUUCUGAAAAACCAUGGGGGGCAUUUGGGCUUCCCGAGUCGGUUGUAUCUCAAGCUUGCUCAUGCUACAUCCCGAAACCAACUGGGGCUGUCACCAAGACAAAGACGGUAACAGAAACCACCCGGCAAAUCGUAACCGCAACUGUCACAAAGACAUCGGGGACAUUAUUUACGACACAGACCGUCACCACUACUGAAACCAACUUGGAUGUCCAGGGCGUAUACACAUAUAUCACCGAACACCCCGAUUCCACCAUUACCGUGACCGUAACAAGCUGCUCUGGAAACUAUCCGAAGUCAAGCUUCAACCUCCAGGUCUCCGAUAUCACCGCGACACGAACCGAUAGUUACAAUAAUCUGUACGCCACGCCAGCACCUUAUCGUGGACUCCCAGACCUCCCUUUCUACGCUCUUAAUUACGUCCCAACGAAGCCUCAAGCUGUCGGUGGAGGUCUCUUCAACAUUGACUGUCUUGGGCGAAUUCACGUACAAGCGCCAGGAGGAGGGAAGGUUCUUUAUGCCGCCGUGUCCCCAUAUCAGCCCGGGUUCGAGAUGGUCUACUGGCUGUAA